ACUAUGGAAGAAUCUGCUGAACCAAAGGCUCUGUCAAGGUUUGAGAAGCAUGACGAAUUCACACACCUACAACAGUCUCUCCUUACUGCUGAUUUGAAUAUUGAAUCGUCUGUGGACGAGACGAGGAAUGAAACAAACUUGCUACAAAGGCUUCUUAAUAUUCUUAAUGAGUACCAGGAGCAGGCCUAUUUGUUAGACCCUUUUCUAGAAGUGCUCGUCACACCCAUCGUGGACAAGUUAAAAGGACAAGCUCGGCAUAUGGCAACCAGCAAGCAGACAUCGCACACGACGACGAGACUUUCGCGUCUUACGAUUCUUCUGUAUAGCUAUAUCAAGUUCAGAUUCUUCCCUCAUGAAGUCACGGACUUGUCUAUCGCCUUGCAAUUCAUGCAGAUUUUGGAAAAGCCUUCAGACUCAUCGCUCUGGUCGCUGCGCUAUGUUACCCUCCUAUGGCUCUCGCUAAUUUGUAUGAUCCCUUUCGACCUGUCUCAAUUCGAUACCGCAGAGCAGCCAGAUUGGACUGCCGGUGCCAUUGAAGCAGUCGCCAAGGGCUACCUGGGAAAGGCAGGUCUAGAACGUGAAGGAGGUGCAAUUUUGCUUUCUCGCUUGUACGUUAGGAAGGACACCCAUCACCGUCUUACUAACUUCCUGCAGUGGUCCGAUAUAGUAACAAAGACCGAAAACGAUACCUUUCCCUGCAUUGGAGCCUUGCAGACUCUAUGCGAAGUCAUCAAAAUCAGCCCCGUAGAUAUACUGUCAGAAAAACUCCCCUCCAUCCUUGACGUUGCUCGAGCAGUGGCGCAGAAUGCGUCGUUGAUGGACAACGCCAUUAUACGAAAACUGCGGAUCAAACUCAUCUCUCGAUCGAUGUUACGUCUACUUCCCGCAAGACAUCGUUCGGGACGUCGCAUAGGUCGCAUUCUGACGUCAGUUGGCGGGUACAAUGGUCAGGUAGAUUACUCUACAGACGAAGAACAAGAGACCGACGUCCCAGAAGACAUCGAAACUGUGCUCGAAGAGCUCUUCAACGCCCUGCAAGACAGGGUGAGUUCUGACACAGUCGUGAGAUGGUCAGCUGCUAAAGGCGUGGCUCGUCUCUCAGAGAGAUUACCGAAAGACUUUGCCGCUCAAGUACUCGAUACAGUGCUGGGGUUAUUUUCCAUACACUCGAUGGGGAUAGCCAGCAUAUAUGAUAUGCCUGCGACAGCUGAAAGCACCUGGCAUGGAGCCUGCUUGGCAUGCGCUGAAAUGGCUCGUAGGGGCCUUGUAGCUGAUGACAAACUCCCAGAACUCUUGGAAUGGAUGUCUAAAGCUUUAUAUUUUGACAUUCGCAAGGGGACACAUUCAAUAGGCUCCAGUGUUCGUGAUUCCGCUGCAUAUGUCCUUUGGUCCCUGGCGAGGUCCCACGACACAGCCGUGAUAGGGCCAUUUGCCGCCAAUCUUGCGAGGCAUAUUGUCUCAGUCUCAGUAUAUGAUCGUGAAAUACACAUUAGAAGGGCCACAAGUGCUGCUUUUCAAGAACAUGUCGGGCGCAUGGGCAUAUUCCCCCACGGAAUCGAUGUACUUGGGAAAACCGAUUUCUUUGCUGUCGGAAUACGGCGCAAUGCCUAUUUAGUUGCAGCACCUCAGGUAGCUGUGCAUGACGAAUAUCGACCAUCCCUCAUCAACCACCUUUUGACCGUGACAUUACGACACUGGGAUUCCACCAUUCGGGAACUCGGUGCAAAGUCCCUCCGUAAAAUCUGUGAACUUGAUUUGAGUCAUUUGGGGCCGGAAUGUGCUCUGAAAAUCCACGAGGUUUUCGAAACCGGAGACUCCAAUGAUGCCCAUGGUGCCCUCCUAGCCCUCGCCGAACUUGCAUGCGGGUAUCGGGAAUCCGACCAGAAGGAAGUCCUUGAGAAACACAGAUGCGAGGUUAUAUUCUCUUAUCUCGCAGCGGUGCCUCUUGUUAUGAUCCAAUCUCCUCGCCACGAACUGGUCACCGCUGCAGCUUGUCGCCUCAUAGCCACUAGCAUCUCUCUUUCUGAGAUCCAGCUUGAGCAACGCUCAUCCGUGCCACAUUGGCGGAAGAUCAUUGACACCGGGUUAAAGCAUCGCAAUAGCGAUGUACAAGAGGCGGCAGCGGAAGCAUUGGGAGAAGUGAGUAAAUUGGUGGACUGCUCGCCCGUUCGCCCAUCCGCAUGGACUGUCAAAGGCCAUCAAGUGCUUGAUGGACAGUGUGGACCCUUCAAUCUUAAGCCAGACUCCGUUUGCAGUCUCUUUAACGCGUUGAUCAACGGUCUAGAAGACUACACCACAGAUGAACGAGGCGAUGUUGGUUCCUGGGUUCGCAUCGCCUGCAUCCAAGGACUAACGUCCUUCUCGUUGACCAUGUUGUCUCAUGCGGAUCACAUACCUGGAUUCGCGGACUACUUUCCGUCUGACAAGUAUCAAAUUGCCGUCGCAGGAAUUCUGAAGCAAGGCAUCGAGAGGCUGGACAAUGUCCGCGCGCAGGCUGGCGUACAUAUAGUGCGCCUGCUAAACCACCCGCUGCCUUCCAUUCCAGGGUUGGAAGCAUGGCAUCUUCCGGGGGAUGUAUUGAUGAGGAAUCUUUUCCCCAACGAUGCGGAGUUUGUAGGAUGGCAUGAUGGAUUAUGGGUAUACCCUAGAGUCAUUCAAUUAUUAGAACUUCCGGUGUACCGUCAUGCGAUACUCUCCGGGCUCUUGAUGAGCAUUGGAAGCAGGACGGAAAGUACACAACGACCAGCCGCAAAUAGUCUUGUAGGCUACGUUCGGAAGCUCCCCCUGGCUGUGACGCAAAGCGAUGCGUAUGACGUCCAGACCCUUGCAGCAGAUCUUGUUGCUCAUGCAAGAAGGAGCCUCGGCAACAAUAAUGUUGUGAUACCAGUGCUGCAAACUUUCAAUCUCCUUCUAGAGGCCGAAACGCUUGACGUACUUGCGGAAAGUCCAGAAGGCCUCAAACCUCUGCGACUGUUGUUCAACAUCGUUUCCAGGGGCGUGGCGAAACUAAAGAGUGUCCAUAGAAUUCUCGCAUGCAUGACAACGGUCAUUAACCUCAUGGCUAUCCCCAAAAUGUAUGAUGCAUGCGUUCCGGUGCUUUCUGAUUUCCUGGCACACCAGUACCCUAAGGUCCGCGCUGACGCCGCCGAGGCACUGUACCUUCUGUUACAAACAAGAGAUGUUGGGAAGGAGACAGACGAAGUCGAGGAAGUCCUGCUCGAGACUGAAUGGCUUUCCUCUAACAUUCAGGCAGUUAAGGAGGCUGCCAAACGCGUAGAGAAAAUGCUUUCAUGAUCUUGCAUAUUGGUUGUCGAUGCGGUGAUCAUAAAUGACUAUUUGGUUUCCUU